AUGUCUAGGGCAUCGUCGAGGCUGAGGAACGUGCUGGGCCACCUCAUGGGCCACCAGCAGCCGUCACAACUGCCGCACCACCUUUCCCAGCUCUCGCCGACCUUCUUCCUUGAGCGGGCCGCCGCCAUCGAGCCCAACGCCGAGGCCGUCUACCAUGUCACGGCCAACGGCAAGGUCCUGCGCCGCUCCUACAUGGAGCUGGCCGACCGCGCCCGCGGCCUCGCCUACUUCCUGCGCAGGAACAAGUACUCGCGCGUCGGCCUGCUCGCCCCAAACACGCCCGCCUUCCUCGAGUCCGUCUACGGCAUAGUGGCCGCCGGCGGCGUCAUCGUCCCGGCCAACAUCCGCCUCAAGCCUGAAGACAUUGCCUACAUCUUUGACUUUGCCGAGGUCGACUGCAUCAUCGCCGACGCCGAGUACAAGGGCUUGCUCGAUGCAUACCUGAAGGACCACCCCAGUAUCCCCGUCAUUGUCGAUACCGACACGGACGCCACCGAGGGUGUGCUAUCCGGUCCCUUUGAUGAUGCCGUGCUCGAGGGCCUCGUCCUGGACCGAGAGACUGGCAGCAAGGGCUGGGCAGAUCUGCAAUCACAAACAGUUGCCAACGAGGACGACAUGAUUGCCAUCCCCUUCACCUCGGGCACCACGAGCAAGCCCAAGGGCGUCGUGUACACCCACCGUGGCGCCUACCUCGCCACCCUAGCCAACGUGGUCGAGUCAGGGCUGAACCUCCCCAACGGGAGGUGUAAGUACCUCUGGACGCUUCCCAUGUUUCACGCUGUGGGGUGGACAUUCCCCUGGGCUGUCUGCGCUGUACGUGGCAUCCACGUCUGCCUGCGCAAGAUCGACUACCCGCUGAUUUGGAAGCUGCUCAAGGAUGAGGGCAUCACGCACUUCAACGCGGCGCCGACUGUCAACACGCUGCUGUGCGCGGCAGCCGAGGCCUCGCCGCUGCCGCAGCCCGUGCGCGUCACGGUGGCCGCCAGCCCGCCCACGGCACACCUCUUCGAGCAGAUGAUGGAUCUGAACCUGAUCCCCGUCCACGUGUACGGGCUGACGGAGACCUACGGUCCCAUCACGCGUGGAUACGUGCUGCCCGAGUGGGAGUCGCUGCCUCGACACGAGAGGUUUGCCAAGAUGGCGCGCCAGGGCCACGGCUUCGUCACGAGCCUGCCCGCGCGCAUCAUCAAGCCCGACCUGCCUGAGGGCGUGCUCGUCGACGUGGCCCGCGACGGCAAGGAGAUUGGCGAGAUCGUCUUCACCGGCAACAUCUGCGCCAAGGGCUACUACAAGGACCCCGAGGCCACCCGCAAGCUGUUUGCCGGGGGUGCCCUGCACUCGGGCGACCUAGCCGUGCACCACCCCGACGGCAGCAUCCAGAUCCAGGACCGCGCCAAGGACAUCAUCAUUUCUGGUGGCGAAAACAUCAGCUCCGUCGCCCUCGAGAGCAUGCUGGUCGAGCACCCCGACGUGCUCGAGGCCGGCGUCGUGGCGGUGCCUGACUCGCACUGGGGCGAGCGUCCCAAGGCCUACCUGACGGUCAAGAAGGCCAAGCAGAAGCAAGAGGGCGGCGACGCGCUGCUGCCACAGCGCGUCAUCGACUGGGCCCGCCACCAGAGCGCCAUCUCUAGCUUCAUGGUGCCCCGCGAGGUCGAGAUCGUCCGCGAGCUGCCUAAGACGAGCACCGGCAAGAUCAAGAAAAACGUCCUGCGCGAGUGGGCCAAGCACGGCACCCCGCCCGACAUGCUCGUCGAGUGA